AUGGCGCGGGCCAAGCUGCCGCGCUCGCCGUCCGAGGGCAAGGCGGGCCCGGGGGGCGCCCCAGCCGGCGCCGCGGCCCCGGAGGAGCCGCACGGGCUCAGUCCGCUGCUGCCGGCCCGCGGUGGGGGCUCCGUGGGCAGCGACGUGGGCCAGAGGGUCCAGGUGGAGUUCUACGUCAAUGAGAACACCUUCAAGGAGCGGCUCAAGCUGUUCUUCAUCAAAAACCAAAGAUCGAGCCUGAGGAUCCGGCUGUUCAACUUCUCCCUGAAGCUCCUCACCUGCCUGCUCUACAUCGUGCGCGUCCUGCUCGACGACCCGGCCCUGGGCAUCGGAUGCUGGGGCUGCCCAAAGCAGAACUACUCCUUCAAUGACUCGUCCUCUGAGAUCAACUGGGCUCCCAUUCUAUGGGUGGAGAGAAAGAUGACACUGUGGGCGAUCCAGGUCAUCGUGGCCAUAAUAAGCUUCCUGGAGACAAUGCUUCUCAUCUACCUCAGCUACAAAGGCAACAUCUGGGAGCAAAUCUUCCGCGUGUCCUUCGUCCUGGAGAUGAUCAACACUCUGCCCUUCAUCAUCACGAUCUUCUGGCCGCCGCUGCGGAACCUGUUCAUCCCCGUCUUUCUGAACUGCUGGCUGGCCAAGCAUGCGCUGGAAAACAUGAUUAACGACUUCCACCGUGCCAUCCUGCGGACGCAGUCGGCCAUGUUCAACCAGGUCCUCAUCCUCUUCUGCACCCUGCUGUGCCUCGUUUUCACAGGGACCUGCGGCAUCCAGCACCUGGAGCGGGCAGGCGAGAACCUGUCCCUCCUGACCUCCUUCUACUUCUGCAUCGUCACCUUCUCCACCGUGGGCUACGGCGACGUCACGCCCAAGAUCUGGCCGUCACAGCUGCUGGUGGUCAUCAUGAUCUGCGUGGCCCUCGUGGUGCUCCCACUGCAGUUCGAGGAGCUCGUCUACCUCUGGAUGGAGCGGCAGAAGUCGGGGGGCAACUACAGCCGCCACCGCGCGCAGACGGAGAAGCACGUGGUCCUGUGCGUCAGCUCCCUCAAGAUCGACCUCCUCAUGGACUUCCUGAACGAGUUCUACGCCCACCCCCGGCUCCAGGACUAUUACGUGGUCAUCCUGUGCCCCACGGAGAUGGAUGUCCAGGUACGCAGAGUCCUGCAGAUCCCUCUGUGGUCCCAGCGGGUCAUCUACCUCCAGGGCUCUGCGCUCAAAGACCAGGACCUCAUGCGAGCCAAGAUGGACAAUGGGGAGGCCUGCUUCAUUCUCAGCAGCAGGAACGAGGUGGACCGCACGGCUGCGGACCACCAGACCAUCCUGCGUGCCUGGGCCGUGAAGGACUUCGCCCCCAACUGCCCCCUCUAUGUCCAGAUCCUCAAACCUGAAAACAAGUUUCACGUCAAGUUUGCCGACCACGUGGUGUGUGAGGAGGAGUGCAAGUAUGCCAUGCUGGCGCUGAACUGCAUCUGCCCGGCCACCUCCACCCUCAUCACCCUGCUGGUGCACACGUCCCGCGGCCAGGAGGGACAGGAGUCCCCGGAGCAGUGGCAGCGCAUGUACGGACGCUGCUCGGGCAACGAGGUGUACCACAUCCGUAUGGGCGACAGCAAGUUCUUCCGCGAGUACGAGGGCAAGAGCUUCACCUACGCGGCCUUCCACGCCCACAAGAAGUACGGCGUGUGCCUCAUUGGGCUGAAGCGAGAGGACAACAAGAGCAUCCUGCUGAACCCGGGGCCCCGGCACAUCCUGGCCGCCUCGGACACCUGCUUCUACAUCAACAUCACCAAGGAGGAGAACUCGGCCUUCAUCUUCAAGCAGGAGGAGAAGCGGAAGAAGAGGGCCUUCUCGGGGCAGGGGCUGCACGAGGGUCCAGCCCGCCUGCCUGUGCACAGCAUCAUCGCUUCCAUGGGGACAGUGGCCAUGGACCUGCAGGGCACAGAGCACCGGCCCACGCAAAGCGGUGGGGGGGGUGGGGGCAGCAAGCUGGCACUGCCCACGGAGAACGGCUCGGGCAGCCGGCGGCCCAGCAUCGCGCCCGUCCUGGAGCUAGCCGACAGCUCGGCCCUGCUGCCCUGCGACCUGCUGAGUGACCAGUCAGAGGACGAGGUGACGCCGUCGGACGACGAGGGGCUCUCCGUGGUAGAGUACGUGAAGGGCUACCCUCCCAACUCGCCCUACAUUGGCAGCUCCCCAACCCUGUGCCACCUCCUGCCUGUGAAGGCCCCAUUCUGCUGCCUGCGGCUGGACAAGGGCUGCAAGCACAACAGCUAUGAAGACGCCAAGGCUUACGGGUUCAAGAACAAGCUGAUCAUCGUCUCGGCAGAGACGGCCGGCAACGGGCUGUACAACUUCAUCGUGCCGCUGCGGGCCUACUACAGAUCCCGCAAGGAGUUAAACCCCAUUGUGCUGCUGCUGGACAAUAAGCCCGACCACCACUUCCUGGAAGCCAUCUGCUGCUUCCCCAUGGUCUACUACAUGGAGGGCUCUGUGGACAACCUGGACAGCCUGCUGCAGUGCGGAAUCAUCUAUGCUGACAACCUGGUGGUGGUGGACAAGGAGAGCACCAUGAGUGCCGAGGAGGACUACAUGGCGGACGCCAAGACCAUUGUCAACGUGCAGACCAUGUUCCGGCUCUUCCCCAGCCUCAGCAUCACCACGGAGCUCACCCACCCUUCCAACAUGCGCUUCAUGCAGUUCCGCGCCAAGGACAGCUACUCUCUGGCUCUUUCCAAACUAGAAAAGAGGGAGCGAGAGAACGGCUCUAACCUGGCCUUCAUGUUCCGCCUGCCCUUUGCUGCCGGCCGCGUCUUCAGCAUCAGCAUGUUGGACACACUGCUCUAUCAGUCCUUCGUGAAGGACUACAUGAUCACCAUCACCCGGCUGCUGCUGGGCCUGGACACCACGCCGGGAUCGGGGUACCUCUGUGCCAUGAAAAUCACGGAGGACGACCUGUGGAUCCGCACGUACGGCCGCCUCUUCCAGAAGCUCUGCUCCUCCAGCGCCGAGAUCCCCAUCGGCAUCUACCGGACAGAGAGCCACGUCUUCUCCACCUCGGAGCCGCAUGACCUCAGAGCCCAGUCCCAGAUCUCGGUGAACAUGGAGGACUGUGAGGACACACGGGAAGCGAGGGGGCCCUGGGGCUCGCGCGCUGGCACUGGAGGCAGCUCCCACGGCCGCCACACGGGCGGCAGUGACCCCGCGGAGCACCGGCUGCUGCGGCGUAAGAGUCUGCAGUGGGCCCGGAGGCUGAGCCGCAAGGGACCCAAGCAGGCAGGCCGGGCGGCGGCCGCGGAGUGGAUCAGCCAGCAGCGCCUCAGCCUGUACCGGCGCUCUGAGCGCCAGGAGCUCUCCGAGCUGGUGAAGAACCGCAUGAAACACCUGGGCCUGCCCACCACUGGCUACGACGAGAUGAAUGACCAUCAGAACACCCUCUCCUACGUCCUCAUCAACCCUCCUCCCGACACGAGGCUGGAGCCCAGCGACAUUGUCUAUCUCAUCCGCUCCGACCCCCUGGCUCAUGUGGCCAGCAGCUCCCAGAGCCGGAAGAGCAGCUGCAGCCACAAGCUGUCGUCCUGCAACCCCGAGACUCGCGAUGAGACACAGCUCUGAGCCAGCCCUGCACCGAGCUCGGGCCACCAAGCCCAGGGUCCUCAGGAAGGACGUGGAGGAGCGUGUGAGGACACAGUGGCACUAGCGUGACCCUGGGGAUGCCACACUCGGCUCACCGUGGCUCCUGGGACUCCACCCUGGAAAGGAGCCCCUCAUGCAGGGGGGAGGGCCAGCUCACCCUCGGGUACCUGCAAGCUAGUGAGGGGAGUUUUUUAACCUAUUUUUACAGACCGAUGCAGUCCACUUCUCUUUACACAGAUGUACCGUAACUCGUGACCAGGGCUGGCUGGGAGGGCAACGCGGGGACCAGAUGCCUUGCAGGGCCAAGCCCAGGCUGUGCUGGAGGGUGGGGCUGGGGUGCAUGGGGAGGGGAAGAGAACCCAGAACCCAGGAGCCCUGCGUGGGCCACACCCAACUCAGAGCCAGCCUGAGCUUUCAUGGCCAAGCGGCCUCACUUCCUUCCAGCCAAGGCCUGGGGGCCGGGGCUGCCAUGCUGCACUCUGUGGGGCGGGUGAGGGGCACCCUCUGCUCUUUGCUGUCCUGAGCCCUUUCAGAAGUCAAGCAGCAAAGGGCCCGGGGAAGCCGGGCAUGUGUGAGGGGUGCAUCCCCAGAUGCCCCAGAGGGCCCUGUUGCCAAGGACCUUUCUGAAGGUCACGAGCAGAAGCAGAAGACGCCAUUUCCUCUACUUCACACUGAACUUUCCCGGCCACUGCGUCUGGGGGGCGUUGGGUGGAAGAUGGUGCAUUUCCACGGACCGUUUUACACUUACCUUUUAAAGCAAAGCCUUGUUUUCUAAACCCCUGACUUGUGAAGCACAAUUCAGCCUCUGCGCUGGGCCACGUGGAGGGAGAGGACCUUCUUAGCAAGGCGAGAUCCCGGGCGGCGGCUGACAUCAGGAGCGCCGCCCUGCGUCCUUUGCUGCUGGUUCCUUACUGGUUUGUACGGUCAGUGCUGGAACCUUCUAUUAAACGGAUGCAUUCUGGAGGCAUGAAGUUA